CUUCGAUAAAUAAACAACGAUGGAGCGGCGCGACGUUGUGCUUAGACAGGCACUCGGCAAGAAUGCCGAUGAAACAGAGCGUUGGCAAGCCUAUAAGGCGGACAAUGAGACGGCAAUUAAGAACCUCGAUAUGUUCUCCAAGCAGCUUACUGUCGAGGUUAUGGUGCCAAUUGGCAAGAAGGCUUUCAUGCCGGGCCAGUUAAUUCACACAAACGAGUUGCUUGUUGGUCAUUACCAGGGCUAUUUCUCUGCUUGCUCGGCCCACAAGGCCAAAGAGAUUUGCCAGCACCGUCUAGGUCUGGCCGAGGAGCAUCUAAAGAAACUUGAGGUCGAGGCAGAACUGUGGCAAAACAAGCUGGAAAAGCCUCUGUUGGAGGGUGCUAUGCCCAAUGCAGGUGAAAUUGAAAUCGUGGAAGCCUUCGAGGAGGAGGCACACAAUACUUGGUUAGAGCAACACAAAGAAAGUCUGCGAAAGCAGAAGCAAGAAGAACGCGAGUAUCGCGAAUCUCUAACGGCUGACGAGGAUCCAUUUAAAACGCUCAAUUUGGUUGAAAUGAUGGAGGAACUUGGCCUUGAUCCUGCCAGCUUGAAUGAGCAAAGUAAUCAAGUGAAAACUCCUCAAUCUGAGAGUGAAAUCUGUGAUAAAGAAGCACAGCCCAUGACUGUGCUGACUGAUGAACAGGUAUUUGAUAUACUCGAUAAGCUGGAGGCUCAAGAGCAACAUGAAGAGGCUGAAAUACAGUCAGAAGAGGAGGAAAAUCUGCAAAGCACCAGUGAUUUGGUACGAAAUCUAAUGCAGGAUCAAACGGCUUUAAACUGGCGACCUCGAUUUAGCAGAGCCAAAAAUGAAGUUGAAAAACCAACUGAAGAUGUGCACGGUAUGGACGAGGAUGACGAAGACGAAUACGAUGAUAAUGAUCCUGACCAGCCAGAGGAAGUAAAACUAAUACGACAACAGCUAGCUCAGCUGCCGAUACAGCAACAACAAGAGUUUCUAUUAUCGCAAUUGCAAAUAAUAAAAUCAAAAAUGCGAAAAAUCCAAAAGGAACAUUUCAUAAGUGAUGAGCUGACACAUUUGAUGAAUGUGGUUGUCUGCCUGGAGGAUGAUUUACAGGACAUGAUGUUUGCUGAAAUACAAGCAGCCAGCGCAGAUGAGCAAUCCGAUGAAUCUGAAUCUUUGCUCGACUCAAUCGAUAUUAAUAAAAAGCGACGUAUAUCAUUUGCCGCAACCGAUGAGGAAUUGAUUUUUAGAAAGGAAGAAACCGUUGCUCAAAUGUUGUCCAAGCAGAAGCAACAACAAUCCCGUGAGGUCAUUUCUCUGGAUGCACCAUUAAAACCAUUAGAAUCCCAAAAGGAAGCCCGCGUAAAGGAGCCUGUGAAACCAGUUACUUCGCAAAUUAUGCAAAAAGUAGAACAAAAUCUGCAAUUUGUCAAGGAGCAUCAAAGUGUGCAGGAUUUUGAUUUGGUUAAUCAAAUUCUAGAGGCUUCUACGGGAAGAAUUAAUACACUACACAUUAGUGUCAAACAUUCCAAUGCAGUGGCACCUGCAACUGAAUGCGAUGAGAUGAUUCCGGGGAAUCCUGCAGACAUUUACAAUCUAUACAAAAAGACGCUAUCAAAGAAGCAGAUAGAGCAUGAGUUUCCCAUUUAUGUCAAUAGUUUUGAGGGAGAAGAAGAGCUAAAAGUGCCCAUACUGAAGGAAGAAGCAAGGAAAGCUGCUUAUGAUGAUCCACGGGCUCAAUUUUCCAAGUUCCCAGCUGAGGUAGAAGAGUCUUCAGUGGAAACCAAAUCCAUAUUGCGCAACAAAUCGGCUGUUGAACUUGAGACUCGCGCCAAGAGUGAGAUGUCGGAACCAAACCAUGUGACGAACAAGUCCAAAAAGAACCGAAACAAGAAGAAAAAGCCACGGACCAUUGAUGAUGAACUGCGUGACAUGAGCGCCUAUCAAAAGGUAAUGCAUGAUCUGGUCGAAAAGGAGGCCACGGAUCCUGAGCCCUUGCCCGAGGGCAAGUAUAUAGAUGCACAUGCGCCAAAGAAACGCAUCAGCCGCUUUAAGGAACAGCGCUCCAUGAACAAGACAUAGUAAAGGAUAAGUCGUGAAGAUAUGUACAUUUAUUUAUUUUGGAAAAGUGAAACGUUUCAUUUUGAUGUAUGUACAUUUAUAUAUACUACUAUAUCUUUUAGUUGUCUUGUAUUAAAACACACAACAAACAUUAUAAUAUAGAGAUUGAUUGAUAUUAAAGUAAACACUAGUUAC